AUAUCUGUUAUUUUUCCUUAUUUUUUUGUGUUUAUUUAAUUUUUUUGUUAAUUGCUUAUUUAGUGUUGAUGAAAUGCAGAUCGCAGUGGAUUUUGAUUGAGGUGAAAAAUAAAUUUUGAUUAGAGAGACAAAAAUUCAAAAUGGAUAACAGUAAUACGUCGAGGAGUUGGCUUUCGAAGUUACAGCCGAGGGAUAAGACGAGGUCAUCGAGGAAGAAUCAACCGUCGUCAAGCAGCGGAGGUGGAGGAGGUGAAGGGAAUCAAGACGGGAUUACGGAUGAAGAAGCUCUUUCCAAUAUCACCAAACAAAAAGCUGCUGCUGCCAAGCAGUAUAUUGAGAAUCAUUACAAGGAGCAAAUGAAGAAUCUUCAAGACAGAAAAGAGAGACGAAUGGUCCUUGAAAAGAAGUUGGCAGAUGCUGAUGUCUCCGAGGAAGAUCAAAACAACUUACUAAAAUUCUUGGAGAAAAAGGAAACCGAAUACAUGCGCCUUCAGAGGCAUAAAAUUGGUGUUGAAGACUUUGAAUUAUUAACUAUAAUUGGCAAGGGUGCGUUUGGAGAGGUUAGAAUUUGUAGGGAAAAAACAACAGGCCAAGUGUAUGCUAUGAAGAAGCUUAAGAAAUCAGAAAUGCUUCGAAGAGGCCAGGUUGAACACGUGAAAGCUGAAAGGAACCUGCUCGCUGAAGUUGAUAGCAAUUGUAUUGUCAAACUAUACUUUUCUUUCCAAGAUGAUGAUUUCCUUUAUCUUAUAAUGGAAUAUCUACCUGGUGGAGAUAUGAUGACUUUACUUAUGCGAAAGGAUAUCUUGAGUGAUGAUGAAGCUAGAUUUUAUGUAGCUGAAACAGUUUUGGCUAUUGAGUCUAUCCAUAAACACAAUUAUAUUCAUAGGGAUAUCAAGCCUGAUAACUUGCUUCUGGAUAGAUACGGACACUUGAGGUUGUCAGAUUUUGGACUAUGUAAACCCUUGGAUUGCAGUACUCUCCAAGAACAGGAUUUUUCUGGUGCGAACAUUAAUGAAGGUACAGAAAAUGAUGAACGCUCAGCAGCUCCAAAACGAACACAACAAGAGCAACUAGAGCAUUGGCAAAAGAACCGGAGAAUGCUCGCUUAUUCUACUGUUGGUACACCCGACUAUAUUGCACCAGAAGUCCUUUUGAAGAAGGGUUAUGGAAUGGAAUGUGAUUGGUGGUCACUUGGUGCCAUCAUGUUCGAAAUGCUCGUGGGAUAUCCACCUUUUUAUUCAGAUGAUCCGAUGACAACUUGUAGAAAGAUAGUAAACUGGAAAAAUCAUUUGAAGUUUCCUGAAGAAGCCAAUUUGUCUUCAGAGGCACAAGAUCUGAUUAACAAACUCCUGUGUAAUGUCAAUCAAAGACUAGGAUCAAACGGAGCAGAUGAAAUUAAGGCUCAUCCAUGGUUUGAAGGUGUGGACUGGGAUAGGAUAUAUCAAAUGGAUGCUGCAUUUAUUCCCGAGGUUAAUGAUGAGCUAGAUACUCAAAAUUUUGAAAAGUUCGAUGAGUCUGAGAAUCCGGUUCGAAAACCAUCAUCAAAAUCUGGUCCAUGGAGGAAAAUGCUUUCGUCAAAGGACCUCAAUUUUGUGGGAUACACAUACAAAAAUUUUGAAAUUGUCAAUGACUAUGCAGUGCCUGGGAUGGGUAUGCUUCUUUCUCCGCUUUAUUUACCAAGUUAUGUGGUAGCUAUAUCUGCUGGAACUUUCAGGUUUGAUUUACAGCUUAAGUUCUAA